AACGUAGGGACACUUCCGGUGUCCUGGUGCUGGUUUCUUUGGCCGGACGAGAACGAUGGAUCCCUACCCCGUGGCCCGCGCUUGGUUCCUCUUAUGGCUGCUGCUGCCCUUGCUUGGCUCAGUCUUCGCCAGCGGUCCCCGCACGCUAGUGUUGCUGGACAACCUCAACCUGCGGGAUACGCACUCGCUUUUUUUCCAGAGCCUGAAGGACCGGGGCUUUGAACUCACCUUCAAGACCGCUGAUGAUCCCAGCUUGUCUCUAAUUAAGUAUGGGGAGUUCCUGUAUGAUAAUCUCAUCAUCUUCUCACCCUCCGUAGAAGAUUUUGGAGGCAACAUCAAUGUGGAGACCAUCAGUGCCUUUAUUGACGGUGGAGGCAGUGUCCUGGUGGCUGCCAGCUCAGACAUUGGUGACCCUCUUCGAGAGCUAGGCAGUGAGUGUGGGAUCGAAUUCGAUGAGGAGAGAACGGCUGUCAUCGACCACCACAACUAUGACGUCUCGGACCUUGGCCAGCAUACACUCGUUGUGGCCGAUACCGAGAACCUGCUGAAAGCCCCGACCAUUGUUGGGAAAUCAGCUCUAAAUCCGAUCCUCUUCCGAGGAGUUGGGAUGGUGGCCGACCCUGACAACCCCUUGGUACUGGACAUCCUGACGGGCUCGUCCACCUCGUACUCCUUCUUCCCGGAUAAGCCCAUCACUCAGUACCCCCAUGCUGUGGGGAAGAACACCCUCCUCAUCGCUGGGCUCCAGGCCAGGAACAACGCCCGAGUCAUCUUCAGCGGCUCCCUGGACUUCUUCAGUGAUGCCUUCUUCAACUCAGCAGUGCAGAAGGCCACGCCUGGCGCCCAGAGGUAUCCACAGACAGGCAACUAUGAGCUAGCCGUGGCCCUCUCCCGCUGGGUAUUCAAGGAGGAGGGUGUCCUCCGUGUGGGGCCCGUGUCCCAUCAUCGAGUGGGUGAGACAGCGCCACCCAAUGCCUACACUGUCACCGACCUAGUGGAGUACAGCAUCGUGAUUGAGCAGCUCUCCAAUGGCAGGUGGGUCCCCUUUGAUGGCGACGACAUUCAGCUGGAGUUUGUCCGCAUUGAUCCUUUUGUUCGGACCUUCUUGAAGAGGAAAGGUGGCAAGUACAGUGUCCAGUUCAAGUUGCCUGACGUGUAUGGCGUCUUCCAGUUCAAAGUGGACUACAACCGGCUUGGCUACACACACCUGUACUCUUCCACUCAGGUGUCAGUGAGGCCGCUACAGCACACCCAGUAUGAGCGCUUCAUCCCCUCAGCCUAUCCCUACUAUGCCAGCGCCUUCUCCAUGAUGGUGGGGCUCUUCAUCUUCAGCAUCGUUUUCUUACACAUGAAGGAGAAGGAGAAGUCAGACUAAAGGCGGGGGACCCGGGACUCCAAACAGCAGGGAGGCAAGAGGAUUUUUAUGUGGGGUGUGCGUUGAGCGUCGUUUUUGUUAUUAAAGCCAUGGGAAAAUGGCACAGCCUCACCUCAGCAGGAGACGCAGUGUUGAGUACCAAGGGGUGGGGGUCAGGGAAUCAUUUUUAUUAAGUUUUUCCACCGUGACUUGCUACAUGGCAUUUGUAAUAAGUGCAGUCACUCCCAUUUCUAAAAUAAAGAGAAACGUUGCCCUCACACCACAGCUUGACCCUGUCGUGCUCUGCUGCUGCUAGGAUUGCUGUUCAGCCAUAGAAGUGGCUGAUGUGCCCUGUGCCAAAGACUGGGCUGUCCUGCUGAAAGGAAAGCACAUCCUGACUUCACAAGGGCUAAGGUAGAUUUGUGAAUUCACUGAGGGGAGUGGGGAAGUAGUGAAAUGGAAACUUUAGAAUAACAGCUCUGGGCUAACAGAACUGCUGGGUUGGAAAAAACCUCCAAAGUUUAAGGUUACCUUGCUUUAGGUGAUAGCUCUGUUCUUGAAAAGCAUUUGUAAAAUGCUCCUGUGUUGACAUCUGCCUGUGAAAUUUUCUGAUCUUCGGGGUAUAAGAAUCAUUCAGUCAGAUGCUUAGUUUAGCACUUAAUGUAUUCUGCAUUGUAAGCUUAAUGUCUCACAAUUCAUGUAAGAAAUGUUCAU